UGAGUUAACUGAGUUUGAAUUCUCGAAUCCGGGGGUUUAGGUUUUACUGCCUGGUGGUAUUGGGUGAAAAUGGAUCGGUCGGCGAUAACAGUCGGGCCGGGUAUGGAUAUGCCGAUCAUGCACGGCAGUGAUCGGUACGACUUCGUCCGGGAUAUCGGGUCGGGUAACUUCGGUGUGGCCCGGUUGAUGAGAGAUAAACAGACAAAAGAGCUUGUUGCGGUUAAGUAUAUCGAGCGAGGCGACAAGGUGAUUCUAACACCAACUCAUCUGGCCAUCGUAAUGGAGUAUGCAUCUGGUGGAGAAUUAUUUGAGCGUAUAUGUAACGUAGGACGCUUCAGCGAGGAUGAGGCUCGUUUCUUUUUUCAACAACUUUUAUCUGGAGUCAGCUACAAUCAAAUAUGUCAUAGGGACUUGAAACUGGAAAACACACCAUUGGACGGAAGCCCAGCUCCCCGGUUGAAGAUAUGCGACUUUGGAUAUUCCAAGGUAAUCUUCAUACCCUAG